ACUAUAAACACUGACUCCCUCACCUAGCUGUCAGACCAGCCAAUGUCAGCCUUAACUAUAAAACCAUAUUAAUACACAGUAAAUGUAUAUGUAUAAUAUAUAUGCUAUCGCUUCUGUGAUGAUACCAAGACACGAAUAGUUAAUGGUGAUUGGGUGAAGAGUUGUUAAGUUGAAAUGACUGAAAAAUAAAGGAAAUUGGUGAUUUUAUAGAGAUGGAGAUGAGUGAGGUAAAGUUGAGGUCUAUCAUGCCAGCCAGUGGUGAGUCAGUCCUCACUCCUGUAACUGUGUCAUCUGAGAAUAAAUCAACAGGUCAAGAUAUUGAUACUCUUGAUGAUGAAUUCUUGUUUAUACACAAUUCUGUUGUUCAAAGGUUAAUAAACAUGAAAUGUGAUGAUUGUCAAGAAAAACAGUUUGAUUCAAAAUGCAGAAAGGUUUUUGGUUUAGUCAAUUCUAUAUCUGUUACAUGCCGACAUUGUGGUAAAGGACAGCAAAUAAAUCCCUUUGAAAGAGGUGAAGAAGAAUAUCAUCAAGUACACAAACUUAUAACUCAGUAUGUCCUGAAUUCCAAAGGUGGCCAAGAGCUUUUAGGGGAACUUUUAAAAAUAAAAAUGGAAAAAGAAGUUGUGGCAGAUACAGAAAUGGACGAGGAAGAGCACCCUGCUGUAGAAGUAAACAUCAAAGAAGAAACAGAAGAUUUUGAUUUGGCAAAUGGACUGGAAUUAUCUGAAACUGUAAAUGCACUUGUCGGAAUGUUGACCAGCGAAGACAAAGACAACAAAGAUGACAAUGAUUCAGGCCAUUCUGACCAACACAUUACAAUAAACCAGACAUCCACAGCAGCACUUAGUAAUCGAGACCAGCACCUUCCAGAACUCUUUGGGGAGAGAUUCCCAGAAACUAGAAUGUGGUGUAGGGCAGUAUGGCUUAAACAUGGUGAAAAAAUGGAGGGCAUGCUGCCAGCCAAUUGGAUUAAGGGAGAUACUGUUUACUGGCCUCCAGGUGUUCAUGCUAAGAAAGCAAUGGCAGAGAGGCAUGAGCCAACAGCAACCUGGAGACGGUUCAUGCUUGUGAAAGUCAAGUAUAUGUUAGGAAGCAAAAUUGACAAAGCACAUAACUAUACCACAAAACUUGACAUGGCUACCCCACAGCAACAACACGAGAAAAAAAAUUUCACUGACUAUUCAGCAGAAAAAUAUGGCAAUGGUGCUUCUGACUAUGAAGAAGAGAUGGAAGAGUAUGAUGAUGAAAGUAUUGAAGAGAGAAAUACCGAUCAGAUGUCCAAGCCUCGUCGGCGUUCAAUAUCCCGCUCCCGCUCCAGGUCACCGCUCCGUGGGAUGCAGUCAAGCAAGGUGCCAAGCUUUGCAUGGUCGCCAUCACAGCAACACUCAGUGUCUCAAUUCCAUUCUAGGUUACCACCAAACAGGCAGGCUAGCAAGUCCACUGGGGAUAGAAAUUUGGAUCGAUUCCCUUUGCCUACAGCAGAGUUCCAGAAACGUGUGCUGUAUCUGCUGUCUGAGGUAAUGGAGCAAAUAGUACACAUGUCAAGCAUGCCAAGUAUCACGGACUCUGGUGACCAUCACAUUGUACAGGCAUCCUCCCUUCAAGAUCUGACUGAACUAGAGAAUUCAUUGAAUGGCAGAGGUAGACAUCAACAGAUGAUCCAUCACCUGUUUUCCAUUGGAGGAUUAAACAUAAAAGACAGCGUACAGAAGAUCAUGGGGAGGCUUAUGACAAAUGAUGUCAUGGCUCAGCUCAACAUGCGUGGAAACCGGGGAAAAGUUGCUUUUUGCAAGAUGACUAAUUUAUACAAUGCUAUCAUAGCAAGUGUCAGAAAGCAGUUUCCAGAUGCAACAGAAACUGAAGUUGGAGCUGUCAUGGCCACUACUUUGAGAUACGCUCCUGAUCGAAGAGGUGGUGGUGGCAGGAGGAAAUCAACAGAGUCUGCCAAAUAAAAUGUGCCUUUUUGUAAGACUGACAUUUAUAUUAAUAUCUAAGUACAGUAGUGUCAGUGACAUCAAAUUCAUGACUAGAAAUUUCUUUAUUUGAAACAUGUCUUGUGUUUUAUGUUUCUGCAUAUCUUGUAGUGUCUUUGGUGCAUGAAAAUUAAUUAUUUUUUUAUUUUUAUGGAGCUGUACAUUUUUUAUAUCAGUGUUCAUUUUUUAAAUACUGUACAGUAAUAUCCCCGUUAGCCGGAAUCACUGGUCCCUGGAACUCUUCAAUACCCAGAAUGGAUUUUUAACCUUCUGGGUAAACUCUCUCCAUUCUAGGCAUGGGAACACGUUUCUGAUGAUGAAAUCAUGUGCAUUUUCCGGAAAAAUUCAGAGAAUAUCUCUCCUUCCGGGCAUGAGAAUUUUUUUUUCUGGAGUUUCGAGAGAUUGCAUUAUGUUCUGACACGUCUGCCAUGUUCUGAACACAUGGGGGGCUAGCCAUUGGGGUAACUUAGGCUGUAGGCUUGCACGCUGUGAUUGGCUAUUUCUGUCAUGUGACAACAUGGGAUGCCUGUGAUAGGCUGCUGCAUCCCCAGCUUAUCCCUUCAAACCCUAGCAUUGUGCCAUGUUUAGUUCAUAAUCUGCCGCCAAGCUGCUCCCUUGCUUGCUGCUGUUUUUGUACAAAUCUGUGUUGUUCAGUACUGUACAUUACUGUACCAGGACACAAUCAGCCAAGAAUACAGUGUUAAAGCAGUGCCAAGAUGUAAAUAGUGAUUACAGUGUUAUUUAACUGUAAAUUAACAUUAUUAGUGUGAGCACCAUACUGUACAUACAGUAAUGUGCAUAGCGGAGUGGACAGUGCAGGAUAUGCAUACUGUAGCCUAGUGUAUAGUGUUUGUGUGUACUGUACUGUAACUUUACUGAACACGUACAGUUGCCUCCACUUGAAUGUACCACUGCCUGGGAGUGUGUGAGGGAGUAGGAACGAUAUGUGGUAACACAGUGCUGUAGUCAUGGGUGUGAAACUGUGGAUUACCCUGUUUUCUGGUUCCCCAUAGUUCACUCCUAGUCAUUCUGUCAUGGUUACACAACAAUGCUGCAUAAGACAUAUUACAGGGUUUGUUUAUCUGUUUACCUCCUAUUUUGUUUGUAUCUUAUUGCAGAUGUUGAUGAAACUGUAAUUUCACUGUUUCAUUUCCAUGCAUUCAGCCCACCCUGACUAUGGUGCUGCAUUGCCACAUCUCGUAUCCGAGCCUUCACACACACCCAGGCUGUGGUACGUUCAUGUGGAGGCAACUGUACAAUGCUGAUAGCUACAGAAAAAGCAUAUGGCACCAAGAGGUCGAGGAGAGGCUCAGAGAAAGGACUCCAUUAAAGAAAAAUUGGUAAUUCUCAACAAACUUGAGAAAAAUGUGUCAGUGAGAGUGUUGAUGGAGGAGUAUGGUGUGGGCAUUUCGACCAUCUACAAUGUUAAAUAUGUCAAGGAGGAAGGUAGCCUCACCCAUACUUGUAUGGGUUGCUUGAAAUACAAGAAAGUGGAUGCUGCAGUGUAUGACUUGUACACUACAACAGUUCCGCCUGAUCCACCUGGCCACAAGGUAGGGCUAACAUGGCAACAGCGCAUGUGUAUUCGUGUGCACAUGCUUGACACAUUGUUGAAACAGCAAUGCUCUCUCACCACCAACCAUGAGACUCAUAAGUUGCCAGCCUGAAGCAGUCACUAAAUUUACCCAUAGAUGGCACAGGACAAGGGAGGGGGGCUUAACAAGUUAUGGGAUGGAAGUGGAGUGGGGUAAAGUUGGUAUAAUUUUAAUUAAAAUAAUAUUGCGGUGUCAUCUGCAUGGUGCUGGAAGUGAUUUUGGAUGGGAGUUGAGUGAUAAAAACAAGAAAUAUAUAUAUACUGUACAGCAUAUCACUCAUUGACUCCUUUACUCUCUAUUCACGUUGAUGAAAUAUACAGCGAAUGCUUUUUGUAUACCAUGUGAUACACCCGCGCUACACACGCACUACACUCCUCUCCCUAUAUACACCACACACAGCCAACACCCACCCACACACAUUCUUGACAUUCUACAUUCUGUUAUUUCAUACUAAAAUUGGUAUAUUACAACCAAGACCAGAUCCAGACCUCAAAUUUGACCAAUACGUUCUUUUAGUUUUUGUAGCUGCGGCUAGCCCAGAUUUUAGCUAAUAUUUACUUGGAUAAAUGUUGGUUUACCCAGAUAUUUAAGCUUAUAUUUGUUCAUAAAAGGAAACUAAGUAAGACUGUAUAUACCUUUAGUUUAUUGACUUACACAAUACUGUUUAAACAAUAUAAAUUUGUGCAGUGAUUUAUACUACCUGUACUAAGAUAAUUCUCAAAUAGACUUAGUUACCUGUAUUCUCACUUGGAUGAUUCCCAGAAAGAUAAUUCCCACAUGGAUGAUUAUAGCUAAAAAUCGUCCAUACAUCACAAAUUCUUUUAGAAAUAAUGUGUUUAUUUUUGGAAUAUAUUAUGAAUUAUAUUAAGAUAAAUAAAUAAUAGGAAUAUAAUAUGAAUUACAGUUAACCCUCACUUUACGCGGUCCCGCAUUCCGCGUUUCCACGUUUACGC